AUGACUAGAAAAUCAACAUACUUGAAUGCAUUUGCUUAUGCAACAUUGUUGACAUUUGCGUUUACACUGGCAGCGCCAGUAAAAAACGAUCAAAUAGAGACGACAACCUUCACAGUGGCUACUUCUGCUAGCCAAACAUCAUCAUUAACUCCCUCGGUAUUAUCAUCAACCACAUCAUCAUUCCCAACAAACACCACAUCACCAAGUAGUGGCAGUAGUACGCAUAAUGCAGGAAACAACGGAAACAACAAUGGAGAUGGAGGCGGUCAAUUCAAUGGAAAUUUCAAUGGAAAUUCUGUUGGUCAAGGGAUAAUAAUUGCACGACCAGGACACGACAGCAACGAUAUUGGUACAAGUGGAAGCAACAAUGGGAAUGGUGGCGGUUUUUUUAACGGAAACAUCAACGGAAAUAUCCUUCAAUUCACCACGUUCAUAAUCAAAGAUCGUAAAUUUGACAUCACAAAAUUUGAUCUCAAGCAAUGCCAUCCCGGUAAAAAUGGCGUGAAUAAUGGAAUGGGUGGUGGUGAAUUCAAUGGAAAUUUCAAUGGAAACAUCUUUGACUUCGUAACUAUUGUUGAUGCUGAUGGUGAUAGUAAAAAAGACGUGGACACCAAAAAAGAGAUUGCCAAUGAUAAUACUCAAAAUGAAAAGGAGUUUAGUGACGGCAUAGCACAAGGCAACGGCACAAAUGGACAUCUUAAUGGACAGCAGAUUUCACUUUCCAACUUUGUUGAUCUUAACGAAGAGAAAGUAUCUUCUCGUUUACUUCCGUCGACGACCGCCAAUAGAUUUCACCCAACUCCUACAAAUACUGAACAAGUAUCAUCCAAUACCAUUAUUAUUACUACUCAUAAUACUUACGAAUCAGGAAACAACAAUAAUCACAUGUUUACCAAUCAAGAAGAACGACUGCUUCAAACAAUUUUACAUGUUAUGGAUGAGGAGGAACUCACAGCCAAUUGUUCAAACGAAGAUAUUGCUCCUCCUCCAAGUUACUCCGAAUCGAUGGGUCUAAUUAAUUCACCACCUAAAUAUGAUGAAUUCACCAGAACUGAACGCAAACCCAACUACAUCUCUAAAAUGCAAUUUAAUUACGCUCAGGCAGAAGCCUAG